CAAACAAUCAAUUCCAACCAAUCAAUUUCAAUUCAUCUUCGUCAAAGAGUUCGACAUCGUUUUCUAAUCUAUAUAACACGCAUCUCAUCAAAAUUUCAUAUCAGAUCUGAUUUAAUUCAAUUCAAUUUAAUUUAAUUCCUUCAAUUCAUCUAAUCAAUUCAUUAAUCAUUCAUAAUGUCAGAUAAUAAACUUGAAAAGAAACCAGUUAAUUUCUCUAAUAUUUUAUUAGGAGCAGGAUUAAAUAUGGCUGAAGUUACUACUUUAGGUCAACCAUUAGAAGUCACUAAAACCACCAUGGCUGCCAAUAGAUCAAUUUCAAUGGUACAAGCGAUUAAAUUAGUUUGGUCCAGAGGUGGUGUUUUUGGAUUUUAUCAAGGUUUAAUUCCAUGGGCUUGGAUUGAAGCUUCUACUAAAGGGGCAGUAUUAUUAUUCGUUUCUAAUGAAGGGGAAUAUCAAUUUAAAGCUUUAGGAGCAUCAAAUUUCGUUAGUGGAAUGGGUGGAGGUGUUUUAGGUGGGUUAGCUCAAGCUUAUCUUACUAUGGGGUUCUGUACUUGUAUGAAAACAGUUGAAAUCACCAGACAUAAACAAGCUACUGCUGGUGUUGCUCAACAAACCAGUUGGCAAGUAUUUAAAGCCAUUUAUGCCAAAGAAGGUAUAAGAGGGAUUAAUAAGGGGGUUAAUGCUGUUGCAAUUAGACAAAUGACCAAUUGGGGUUCAAGAUUUGGUCUUUCUAGAUUAGCAGAAGAAGGAAUUCGUAAACUUCGAAAUAAAAGUGAAAAUGAGAAAUUAUCUGCUUUAGAAAAGAUUGCUAGUUCAAUGAUUGGAGGUGGAUUAUCAGCAUGGAAUCAACCUAUUGAAGUUAUUAGAGUUGAAAUGCAAUCUAAAACUGAUGAUCCAAAUAGACCUAAGAAAUUAAGUGUAGGAUCUGCUUUUUCAUAUAUUUAUAAAAAUAAUGGUAUAAAAGGAUUAUAUAGAGGUGUUACACCCAGAAUUGGAUUAGGAGUUUGGCAAACUGUUUUUAUGGUUGCCUUUGGUGAUAUUUUUAAACGUUUAUUAAAUGCUGAUGGUGCAGGUCAUUAAAAAACUUUUAACCUUUAUCUUAUUUAUAUAUAUAAUUCUACAUUUAUUCAAUAC